AUGUGGUCUUACAUAAUCACAACAAUGUACUCAUUAGGAAUCGGUUUUCUUGCAAUGGAAGCUUUGAAUGUAUGGAAAGUGACACGUCUGCAGCAAAUAAACAUCUGGAGUAAUCCUAUGAAGCGUAGUGCUAAGAUUCCGAGAUUAUCGGGACAAACUUUGCUUAUAGGCGUCCUCUUUGGCGGAUCUGUUGUAGUAUAUGCUUUUGCUCAGUACUAUAAGAGCGCCACACAAUGGAGCUGUCUUGGUCAUUUCACGAAGGAAACCUCAAACUUAUGGCUGCCUGUCGUCCUUGUCAAUACCUGUGCCGCACUCGCAGCCUCUUCUUUCUCAUACUUCAGCCUUUUCACGAUGAAGAACAUCCCUCAAUAUCGUCAGAAGAUGGACCGCUUCCUUUCUGAGGAAGACUACGUGGUGAAAUGGAGCGUAGAAAAGUGUUAUCGUAACGCUGUAUUCUUAUUCUUUCUACCUUGGCUGCUGCUUGCAAGUUGGAUUACUUUGGCAAUUUCUUCUGAUUGGGUAACAAAUAAUACUUUGAACAUUCUGACUGUAGUAAUCUCGUUCGCUUACAGUGCUGUUAAUAUAAUGCAAUCGCUCAUUACGAGCCCUUCGCCUUCUUGUCUCAUAUGCCAUGAUGAUACUGCCCAACGCUUGGUCGCCGAUGCAAGAUCCGGUGAUGAUGUAUAA